AUGACACAAUUUUUCUUUGCCUGCACAUUUGUGAUUGUGGAAAUGUUCAUAUUAGCAGCGAUGGCCUAUGACCGGUCUGUGGCUGUUUGUAACCCCCUGCUCUACACAGCUGCUAUGUCUCCUAAGCUCUGGGCUCUCCUGGUAGCUGGAACUUACAGAUGGGGUGGACUCUGUUCCUUGACAGUCACAUGUUCUCUCUUGGAACUAUCCUAUUGUGGACAUAACGUCAUAAAUCACUAUGGCUGUGAAUAUUCUGCUGUUCUCUCUGUGUCCUGCUCUGACACGCACUUCAGCCAGAUGGUGGCAUUCGUCAUUUCUACAUUCAGUGAAGUUUGUAGCCUCCUGAUCAUCCUCGCCUCCUAUGUCUUCAUAGUUGUCACUAUCACUAACAAGCCUUCUACGGGUGGAAUUCGGAAGAAAACCUUCUCCACCUGUACCUCCCACCUGACUGCCAUCACCAUUUUCCACGGGGACAUCCUCCUUCUCUACUGUGUGCCCAACUCCAAAAGCUCAAGGCUCUUUGUUAAAGUAGCCACUGUGUUUUACUCCAUUGUGAUCCCUAUGCUAAAUCCUCUUAUCUACAGCCUUAGAAAUAAGGAUGUGAAGGAGGCCGUCAUGAAGUUAAUUCACACCAGAUUGCUUUCUCACUCAGAGUAA